AUGAGCUUUUCAGACGACGAAAAUGAAAGUUACAAGCAAUUCGAAAUUCAUGAAGGAAUUGCAUUCUUAAUUGAAUUAACUCCUGAUAUUUUCCUUCCUUUGAAGGAACUAGAUAAUAAAUCACAAUUCAUUGAAAUACUAUCUAGUAUAAAUGAAUUGGUUAGCGAACUAAUCAUUACAUUACCAAAUACUGGAAUCGGUAUCUAUUUUUAUAACUGUCAGAAGACGAACAAGAAAUUCACGAAGGAUUGUGGGCUAAAUAGAUUAUUUAAAUUAAAUGAUCUAAACAGUUUCAAUAUGAAAAUAUUAAAUGAUGCGGUUAACGAUGAUGCUAAUGGGAUAAGUUUACUUAAAGAUAAAUUUCCAUAUAUAGAACAUGGCUAUAAUGAAGAUAAUCUACCGGCAGUUCUUAAUACUAUGUUAAAUGAAUUCCAUAAUAAAAAGAAUUAUAAUAACAAGAAGCUAAUUUGGUUUACGAAUAAUGAUAAGCCAUUUAACAAUGAUAAGAGUAAACAUAAUUUGUGGAAGAUUAUUAAUGAUUACGACGAAUUUCGAAUACAGAUCACUCCUUUCUUCUUAGAUAGUUAUACGGAUGAAAAACAGUCUAAGAAAAAGGUAUUCGAUCCCAGCUUGUAUCAGGACAUAUUUUUGAACACAAACUAUUUAAAUAAUCGAAAAAGCAAUGAUAAAAAUGAUGAUGAUGAAGAGCGUAUAGAUAUUAAAUCUGAGUUUGAUCCGGAUAGAUUGAAUGAUAUUGUAUUUGAUGGAAUAUCAAAGUCUACGCCUAGGUUCAAGGAGACUACUUUAUCAACACAAAUAAAAUCAAUGAUUUUCAGAUUGAAAGAGGUUAAGCGGAUUCUUUUUUCCUGUGAUUUGAUACUUGGCGAUGGAGAGGGGGUUUCUGGUAACUUUGGCUGUUCAGUUAAGGGCUAUACAAUCUAUAAUCAUGAAAAAUUGAAGAAAUUUAAUAAGAUUUAUAAUAGUGGAGAGGAAUUGAAAAUUGUUCAUACUCGUAGUAAGAUUUUGAAUGAUAGAACUGGUGAGAAGGUAGAAGUUGAAACCAAGGGUAAUCAAUCGGUGACGGAGAGAAAUGAAGAUGCAAACAUAAGAAAGGGAUUUCCUAUAGGCAAUGAUCAUGUAUUAUAUUUGAAUUCCAAGCAAAUUAAUUUCUUGAAAAAUUAUGCAUUCGACCAUAAUUCGGAUAAUAGAGCUGGAGGAAACUCUGAGGAUGAGGACGAUGACGAAUUCGAUAACCAAAAUGAAGACUUGGAUGACCAUGGCUUUUCUAAACCGCCAUAUUUGAAAUUAUUAGGGUUCAGGAGUUUAAGCACGUAUCAGCCUCACUAUAAUUCUUCUGCCCCUAUAUUUGUUACACCAGAUAUGAAUGAUGGUCUCAAGACAGCAUCAGCUGAAGGGGGAUAUAAGAACUCCUUUAAAACAUUCUCAUCACUUUACCAAUCGUGUAUAAAAUUGCAGAAAUAUGGGGUCUUAUUUGGAUGUCUCAAAAAAAAUUCGAUGCCAAACUUGUAUGCUUUAUAUCCAACCAAAGCAACGAAUUCAAAUAAAUCAGGUUUGAAUUUUCCAGAAGGAUUCUUUUUGAUCCGAUUACCUUGGUUAGACGAUGUUAGGUCCUUGCCAGAAUAUUCAUUCCUAAACAACGUAAACUUAAAUGAACUUUCUGGCGAAUCCGUGCCACCAGAAAUUUUACUAAAUUUCAAACAUAUCAUAUCCCAAUUUUUUUUAAGAGAGUACAGACCUCUGGAUUUCCCUAAUCCGUCAAUAAAUUACUUUUAUAAGAUCAUAAAUAAUGAAUUAUUACAGGAGGAAUUGAGUCCCGAAUCGAAGACUGUUGCAAAUAAUGAUACAACCACCCAAAAACUAAUUGAAUUAAGAGGGUAUUUGCAGCAAGAAGAAUUACAAACGAUGUUGAAAACACUCAAUGUUCGCUUGAAUAAACUUAGCAACGAGUCGUUGAAAAGAGAAAUGGAAUCUAGUGAUGGUGCUGACAACAAAAAGCGGAAAAAGGAAGUACCAGAAUUGAAUGAAGAAGCAGUGUUGACGGCCUGGAAAUCUAAUGAGUGGAAUCAUUUCAAUGUUUCACAGCUAAAGCAAUUUGUUUCCAAGUACAAAGGUUUAAUAAAACUGGGAACAAAGAAACAGGAUAUAAUCAAUAAUAUAAUCCUGUUUCUCAACAAAAAAUAUGAAACUGAAAAAUAA